AUGGCGUUUCAAGCUCCUACCGGAAUCAAUGGUGAUCUAAUCAAAAGUUCAUGGACGGCGUCGGAGAAAGCUUACGGAGCCGAGCACUAUCACAAAGAAGAAACAAGGGAUUCUGUCAUUUUCGCUUUCCGACCAUCUUUCUUGGACAGCGAUUGGUUUGCUCGGGCGAACGAAUCAGCCUUUGGAGAGAUGAGGAUGGAUCGUAUUAAAAAUCCUUGUAUGAGAAGUAUCGGUAACAACGUUGACGCUACUGUGAACCAAGCUUUCCUCCAGAAUCUUGAAGCUAUCAUCACUAAUUCAAGAACCUCAUUUGCUGCUUCUGUGGAAACGGCGUCCAAAAGCGGAAAACAGAUUGUGUUCACAGGACAUUCUUCAGGAGGAGCAACUGCAAUCUUAGCAACAGUUUGGUAUUUGCAGAANCACUUCAUAACGAAUCCGAAUGGUCUCCCUGAACCUCGUUGUGUGACAUUUGGAGCUCCUUUGCUCGGUGACUAUGUCUUCAAGCACGCGCUUGGGAGAGAGAAAUGGAGCCGGUUCUUCACCAACUUCGUCACAAGAUUCGAUAUUGUCCCUCGGAUUAUGCUUGCUCAAAAGGCUUCAGUAGAGCAAACUCUGCCUCGUGUUCUUUCCCAACUUAGUCGGACAAGAGAUUCGAUUCAAGAAAACGACCCGGUUAUUGCAGAGUUUUACAAAGCGGUGAUGAAAGACACGGCAACUGUUGCUUACCGAGCUGUCUGUGAAUUGAUUGGAAACGGAGAGGCGUUUCUGGAAACUCUUUCAAGUUUCCUUGAGCUAAGUCCUUAUAGACCAGUAGGCACUUUUGUCUUCUCUACAGGGACGAGAUUGGUCUCAGUACACAACUCAGACGCCAUUCUUCAGAUUCUGUUUUACGCUUCUCAGUCCAGCAACGAACAAGAAUGGUCUCAAAUUCCAUAUCAAAGCAUGAGAGAUCAUUAUAGCUAUGGGGAGUUGGUACAAUCAAUGGAGAAUAGUCAUCACUUGCUUUUGGAUGGAGAAAACUUGACUGCGCUUAAUGACCUCACACUGAGCGCAAGAGCCGGACAAUGCGUCCGUGCUGCAUUUGAGGCAGAGAAGCAACGAGUCAAAAAUCAGGAUGAUAUGGAUGCCAAAUGGCCUAAAAUAGACAAGGAGCUGACAUGGAUAGAGGACACAUACAAGCCAAUGUGUCAAACACAUAAAAACGGGUAUUAUGAUUCCUUCAAGGCUUCUAGUGAAGAGAUCGACUUCAAUGCCAACGUCAAGAGAGCUGAGCUAGCCGGUAUAUAUGACGAGGUGCUUGGUUUAGUGAAGAAAGGUCAACUUCCAGAUGAAUUCGAGGGGCGCAUACAGUGGAUCGAGCUAGCAACUCGCUAUCGCAGAUUGAUUGAACCUCUCGAUAUUGCAAACUAUCACCGACAUUUGAAAAACGAAGACACAGGGCCUUACAUGGUAAAAGGAAGACCAAACCGUUACAUAUACGCUGAGAGAGGGUACAAGCAUGGACUACUGAAGUCAAAAGGAUUGAUUGCAGAAACUGAGUUUUGGAGCAAGGUAGAUGCUCUUGACUUCGGGUCACCGGAAACUAUGCGAGAGGUGCUAAAGAUAUCGGGAUCCCAGUCCGGAUCAUGCUUUUGGGCUGAAGUUGAAGAGCUCAAGGGAAAACCAUAUGCAGAAGCUGAGCUAAGGAUCAAGACGUUAGAAGGGUUGCUCGGAGGAUGGAUCCAAGAAAAGGAAGUCUGUGACCAACAAAUAUUUCUGGAGGAUUCAACAUAUCGAAAGUGGUGGAAUUCACUUCCUGACAAUCACAAACGCCAGUCUCCGGUGCGAAACCUUAUUAUGAGCGUAACAAGACCCACCUGA